AUGCACUUUCUCUCCCGGUCGCAACUCUCCUCUGCCGUUAAACUCUUCCCGCCAAAAUUCGCACUCUGUCUCCCUUCUAAAACAGAGGACUCUGGUUUCGGAGACCUUUUCAUCGGCGGAGGUUCGUACUUCCUCCCGCCGUACCAGUACGACGCUUCUCGCCUCUUCACCACUGUCUCGCUCAUCUCCAACGAAACCUCCUUUGAUGAAUACUUCUUUCAAGUCAAGUCAAUAGAAAUCGACGAAAAGGCGGUUCCUCUGAAGAGUCCGAUGAUACUCUCUAAGCUCAGCACGGUGGUUCCGUUCACUGUUCUACAUCAUUCGAUUUACGAACCUUUUGUUAAAGAGUUCAAAUCCAAGGCUUCGUCGAGGAAGAUGGUCGAAGCAAAGGCAAAGGUAUCUUCUUUCGAGGUGUGUUAUAGAGUGAAGAAAGGGUUUAACAUGGAAGAUGUUCCGGUGAUUGAUCUGACGGUGGGGAGUGGUGGCCGUAGAUGGAGAAUCUACGGACGGAAUUCGAUGGUAGUUGUGAAGAAAGGAGUGAUGUGUUUGGCGUUUGUGAGAGGAGGAGGAGGAGAAGAUAGAGAAGAGAUGGUGAUUGUUGGAGGGUAUCAGAUGGAAGAUAGUUUGGUGGAGAUUGAUCUUCAAUCAUCGAAGCUUAGUUUUACAUCUUCUCUUCUUAGAUAUAACACUUCUUGUUCUCAUUUUAGACCAGUUUCAACAGAUAUUGGUGGCCGGGUGGCGUAUACAAAACAAGUCGUAAUUAGUUAA